UAUUGACAUUAGCGUUUCCGCCACAGUUUAAACUGACAGACAGACGAGAGCCUUGGCGUAGUUACAGACAACUAAUGUGUAUACAAAUAUCAGAUCGAGCUCAAAUAGCACAAACACGUUUGUUAAUUGUUCCUGAUAGCGCCCUUCUGCUAACGUCUCUAGCCGUUGGACUGUAAAGCCAGCCAGAGUUCGUCGUGAGCAGUGAUGUCUCUGCCUCCAGAGAAAGUUUCCGAGCUGAAGCAAAUCAUUCACAACCAUCUGCUCAAGAGUGGUAUACGUGGGAAGAUCCGCGAGGUGCUGGCUGAGAAUGUGAGGGAUGAUCAAGGGCAAUCACAUCAAUCUCUGUCUGAGGCCGAUUUUCUAAGUGCUCUGCAGAACAGGGGUAUAAUAGAUGAUGUAAUGAAGGACCUACACUUUUACCAGGAGGCACCCAUGGAUGCAAAAAAUGGAUCUCCUCCCAAGCAUGCUCCAGACUUUGUCAACAAAGAAAUCACUCAGCCGAAGAAAUGUAAAAAACACAAUAUCGAUCCAUCAAGGUGUUACCUUUUUCUGCAAGUACUUGGUGGUAAGGCCUUUCUGGAGCACCUCCAAGAGCCUGAGCCUUUACCAGGUCAAGUGUGCUCGACGUUCACACUCUACAUUCACUUCCGCAAUCAGAGGUUUCACUCAAAGCCAGUGCCCUGUGCCUGUGAACCCAACCUGGAGGAGGGCUUCCUCUUGGAGAUUCAUAGAGAUGGAAAAGGAGAAAGCAAUAAAAUGGCAGAUGCAACUGCCUUGUUGUCUGUGAGUGACCCGGUUCACUUGGUGCUGAUCAAAACGGACACCACCAGUGAGACAACGCUGGUCUCAUCCUACUUCCUGGACUGGAGGACAGUCCUCAGCUCACCCAGUGGAAAGACCUGCUUUGCUAUAGAGCUGAUGGGAGUUGGCAGUGAAUCUAAAGUCCCAGCCGGAGUUCUUACAGUCAGUCUGGAGCUCUACCCUCCUCUCACAGAGACUCUGAGCACUGAUAUCAUCAGCACACAGCAAUCCCUGGAAAGAAAGAGGACAGCAGAGAAGGAGAGGCUCUUCCUGGUUUAUGCCAAACAGUGGUGGAGGGAGUUCCUUGAGAUACGACCGUCGCACCAAUCCAAAAUGGUCAAGAUAUUUGCGCAGGAUGAGAAUGGCGUCAACCGACCAGUGUGUUCCUAUGUGCAUGUCCUCCGGGUGGGGCGGCUGCUGGAGACUCCUCGACAGGCAGCCCGUUUCGUCAGCCUGCUGGCCCAUGAGAAGGCUCCUGUGGUGGGAGGAGGAGGGGGCGGGCAGGAGCAAUGGUGCACAUUAAUGGCUUUCCUAUGCCGAGGGAAGGUAAGGAGAAACAGACCUCUGAGAUCUACAGUGGUCAGCCCAUUUUUUAGAAGACAAUGCACUCUCUGUAAUGGCAUCGUCGAGAACAGUGGUCGCCAACCCAUUGAUCAUGAAGGACUGGUCGAUCUUGACAGUCUUCCCUGCUCUGGGCUCACUGGCUGCAUGCGUUUUCUCUGCGGAUCAGUUGUUAUUGUUUAUUUGAGUACGCAGGACUACUUUUAUACAAGGAAAUACAUCAGUGCCAGGAUGCCGAUGGUUCCUACAGGACUGGAGAAUGUCAUAACUUGGGCUAGGAUGAGCUUCCAGCCAGCCAAAUCCAGAACCUUGGUUCUGAACAAGGGAAGAGCAUGUAAUAAGUACCACUUCUCUUUAGGAGGUGUCCAGAUUCCAUCAGGGUCUGAUAAGCCUGUGAAGAGCCUGGGCAAGAUCUUUGACUGCAUCCUGAGAGAAACAGUAUACCUCCAUCAGGCCAUUGACCCAGAAGCUCCGCCUCUGACCCCACAGCCCAAACCCUCAUCCCCCUACCGCACUGUGGGUUGUGUCUUCAACCACCAGACCUUCCUGGCCAACUGCCAGCCAUCUGAUGCUGUAGAGCUUUGUGUCUUUGACUUCCAGAAUCAAUCUUGUUGGAAGGCGAUGAGUGAAGAUGCUCUGAAGUCUGUCUGCGCCCCAGGCUCAGUCUCCUCUCUGCCCCCUCAACCUUCGCUCUGUGCCCCAUCUCUGGAUCCUGCUGCAUCUAGCAACCAGUUGGAGUUUGAGAUGCGCUACCUGGUUUCGGAACACAGGAAGGACCUGGAGCUGGCAACAGUGUGGGAUGAUCACCUGUCCUACCUGCUCUCCUCUGCUUUAUCAGCCUAUGAGCUUGAGCGCUGCACUGGUGUGUCUUGUGGCAAUGAGGAGUUCCAGGAUGCAGUGAGGAGGGCAGUGCCAGAUGGACACACAUUCAAAGGCUUCCCAAGACACUUCCUGCACCGCAGUGCUCGUAGAGCCUUUGCUACUUGCCUCAGGUCUCCGUUCUGUCAGGAAAUAGUUAGUUGCCGUGGCGACCAUGUGCGGCUGGCGGUACGAGCUCGGGUGUUUGUGUAUCCAGAGAAUGUUUGUGCAGUGUGGCUCAUGUUUGCAUGUAAAUAUCGUUCUGUACUCUAAACAACGGAAAGAUAGUUUUCAAAAAACUACCAGUUUGUGUAGUACAUUGGGCCCAGACAAAACUUUCUAAUUUUUCUAAUUUCUAAUUUUGCAUUAAAAUAUCUGCAUCCAUGAAAGAUUAAAUUAAAUGAAGUUGUACUCAGUGAUAAAGACAUUUAGAGAGAUGUUUGUGACCUUUAUCUCUACUCUGGUGCUCAGGCCUUUGUUUUGUAGUCAGCUUUUUUGCUAUCAUGAAUAUUUACAGGAUCUCUUUUUGAUUAUAAGAGUCUUUAAAUGUUAGAACUUGAUUUAAAUAAUUCUUUGUUAUUAUAUAUGAAUUGUUUUGGCUCAAUUUUCACCAGUUUCAAAAGCAAAACACUACCUUAAAAUCAAAAGCAAUACCUUAAAAUCUUGCACAGGAAUCUAAAAUACCUGUAUAAAGUUAGGUAGAAGAUGAAGCAGAGGGUUUUAAACAUCACAGUGUUUAUCAUUGUCAUCACCAUAAUAAAGUGGUCAUGAUUAUAUUAAUGAGGUUCAAUGUGUUGUAUGUACUACAGAUAAUACUGUGAUGGUGGACAUGAAACCAAACCAUACACUGUAAAAGUAAUUGAAAGGAAAGUAGAUGCUUUUAUUUUUUGUUUGUUUGUCUUUCCUCGACUGUCAUAUAUUUAAGUUGUAAUGUAAGCUUAGUGAAAUAUUUGCCGAAAUGUGUGGAAGAUGCUUGGAAAUGUAGCAUUGAUUCGUAUUCCAUUGCCUGAGUCAGUUUAGGCUUGUAUGAGUUAACUGCAUUCUAAUGACUGAACAUGUGAUAUAUUUUUUUGCACUUUGGUUAUAAGAACAGCAUUUUGUGAUUAAAGGUAAGGUUUGACUAUUUGCAUUAUGAAUUUUACACAUAGA